UCUGCAAAAGUCCCCAGCUGUUGGAGGUGCCUGGUGGCUGCAGGACCCUUCAAAUCCACCCGCGCGCGGAGGGAGCAUCCUACCGUGUGUCCUCCCCCGCGAUCUGGCGGCGGGAAAGGUGUGCACCAGAGUCGGUCGCAGCCUGGGAAAUCUGAGCUCCGGGAUGAGACUGUCAGUAGGCUGAGUCCGGGGAACCUGCCAGAGCACCGCGGGGACAUGACAUUGCCCGCCUGACAAAUACAUCUGUCUUGACGGCGGUAACCCCAGCUUUUGAGAGGCUGUCUCAGUCAGGGUUUCUAUCGCCGUGGCGAGACACCAUGACCGUAAAGAACUUGAGGAGAAGAGGAUCUGUUCAGCUUAGAGUUCCGUGUCACAGCUGGCUGCUGAGGAAAAGUCGGAGCAGGAACUCCAGCCGGGCAGGAGCUGAAGCAGAGGCCGUUGGGCGUCCUGGCUCUGGAGAAGGCUUCGUGGCAAGAAGCGGCCGGUGAUGGCAUCCUGCCUGCUGAUGAUUCUGUCUGCGGUGGCUGUCACUCACCUUCCUCCAGAGCAUCCAGCUUCCACUCCAGGACUUGGUCCCAUGGAGCCCGACUCCAGCAUUUGGCAGACUUUGAACUCCAGCCAGAGGCAGCGGGCAAGAAACCCGAGCUUCCGGAAAGGCCGGGCUUUGCCCAGAAAUCCAGCCCCAGUCUGUGCUGAGAAGCAGAGCCACGGAAGGCGUGUGGACAGAAGCAGACACACACCGAGGGUCAGAAGAGAUGUGACAGGAGGUCCGACACUCAGUGCCCGGCAUCCUGUGCGAUUAGUGGAGGAUGAGGUCGGGGAUGCAGGAGGAACAGUCCUGGACCAACCUGGGCACGAUGCUCCUCCUGUCCAAGAGACAAAGAGCAAGGCAGACUCCCUGGUUAGCCCGCUCACAGGGAGCAGCCUGGCAACUUCCCAGGCACGGAGAGGAACUGCUGUAGUGAGCCUUAGGCCCCAAUCAGCUGAAGGUGGGGGUUCCCUGCCAGGAGUCAAGGACAGAGUCUUGAGUGGCGGGAAGGUUGGGGGUGCCACCUCAGGUUCCAGAACUCAUUGGUGGCCUGGCUCUGUUGGAGAGCUCCAAAGGUCCCCAUGGUGCCAUACCGAGCCCCCUGGGUUAUGGGACAGUGCUGCGACUGGGGGGCAGGUUCCACCGUGGUUCACAGAACAUGACGUACAGAUUCUCGGGCUGCUGGCCCGGGGGGCGGUGGUGGGCAAAGCCAGGAUCCCUGCCCAUGGGCAGGUGCUGCAGGUCGGACUGUCUGCUGAGGGUGCCCUCCAGGACGCGUCUCCUCUCGGGCUCGGGCAGCUGUGCUCCCAGGGCCUCUGCGGCCUGAUCAAGAGGCCCAGGGACCUGCACGAAGUCCUAUCCUUUCAUGUGGACCGUGUGCUGGGCCUCCAGCGGAGCCUGCCUGCCGCAGCCCGGAGCUUCCACAGUCCCCUUCUGCCCUACCGCUACACAGAUGGCAGUCUGAGGCCCGUCGUCUGGUGGGCACCCGAUGUGCAGCACUUAGGAGACCCAGAUGAGGACCAGAACUCUCUGGCCUUGGGCUGGUUGCAGUACCAGGCCCUGUUGGCUCGAGGCUGCAGCUGGCCAGGUCAGAUCUCAUGCCUGGGCAUCCACCAUGGCGAGUGGGCGCGUUUGGCCCUCUUUGACUUCCUGCUUCAGGUCCACGAUCGCCUGGAUCGCUACUGCUGUGGCUUUGAGCCCGAACCCUCGGACCCCUGUGUGGAAGAGGGGCUCCGAGAGAAGUGUCGGAACCCGGAAGAGCUGCGGCUGGUCCACAUCCUGGUCCGGAGCAGUGACCCAUCCCACUUGGUGUACAUAGACAAUGCUGGCAACCUUCAGCAUCCCGAGGACAAGCUGAACUUCCGGCUGCUGGAAGGCAUACAUGGGUUUCCCGAGUCCGUUGUGAAGGUUCUCGCAUCGGGGUGUCUACGGAACCUGCUGCUCAGGUCGCUGCAGAUGGACCAGGCGUUCUGGAAGAGCCAAGGCGGAGCCAGAGGUCUGAAGCGCGUCCUUGAGACGCUGGAGAGGCGAGGGCAGGUCCUGCUGAGACACAUACAGGAGCACAACCUCACGCUCUUCGGGGACAGGGACCCGUGAGCCCAUUGCUGCCUGGGCAGAGCUGGGCAGAGCUCACCUUGCCGGGGAGGGUUGCCCACAAUGUAAACCUGAGCCGGUGAGUGCUCCUCCCAGUGACAGCAUUUCCUUGACAACAGCUGACCAUUCCGCUGACAAAUGGGAGUAGCCAGCAGCUGGAGGAGCCUGCGGGGGCCAUGGGAUGGCUCACCUGCCUGGGGAUGGUGGAGGGCCUCCAGCCUCACAUUCCCUCUGCUUCUCAGCUCUGGCUGUUUACGCCCACGCACGGAACUCUGUGUCGUCCUCCACAAGAGCAACAAAUGCUCUUAACCACUGAGCCAUCUUCCCAAUGGCAACAGGGAGAAGCCUGUUAUAAAAACUGAUUUCCCCCUGUUAUUGUAGGAACGAUCUUUAUUUCCACGUUAGCCACUGCGUGUGUUUUGUGGGCCGACUCUUCAGUGUAAGGCGUUUGUGCCUUCCUUGGCUGUGCGUCAGGGUUUGGACUCUGAGCUGCAUGCACUCAGGCCUCGCUGUUAGACCUGUCUGUUUCCUCUCAGUCUGCCAUCUAUGGCUUGACUCUGUCUUUUAUGAAGCAGGAAACCCCUCCGUGCAGUCAAACUCGUUCAUUUUUGCCUGUGAGUCUCCCAGUGUUCCUGUCUUCUUAGGCUGUUGCUCCUUCAGAUGACUGAAAUAUCAUCUGUGCACGCUUUUA